AACAACUGAUGCAUAUAUCACAUGGCCUCUUAAUAUCUAUGAAGUCGAUCCACUGCUUCAGAAGGGCAGCGGUUGGGUUUCAAAUUAUCGCUGCAUUGGUGAUAGAUGUAAUCUCCUGAACAAUGUAUCAGACUAUGUUUCUUCCUAUGGGUUUUUAGGCACUAACGAUACCAAAUCUAAUUGGAAUAAGAAGCAACUUCCAGCCCCAGCCCUUAACAUCUCAGCAUACUACAUACCGCCAGGGGAUCUCUUUGGGAACGAGUGGACCGACCCAUCUAAUGGGCAAAAGCCUUUCCAGAACCAAACGAAUCUAACAUACCUCGCGUCGAAUCGGACAUAUGAUCUAAGUUAUAUAAUAAGCAACGGCAGCUGUCAACCAGUAUUAAACGAAUACCAAUGGGGGUUCUCCUUCGCACAAUUAUUCAUCCUCUCGGUCUUACUAAUGGUAUGGACCAUCGGGAUCUCAAUCAUGUGGCUCCGGGCCCAUUUCAAGCUCCCUCUUCAAGGCCAACCCGAAACCCCAAAGGGAUGGAGAGCGGUCAUCUUACUAGCCGACGCUAUGAACACAGAACUCCCCAAUUCUGAUAUUGAUGUGCAUGCACUAAAAGACGCGAAGGUGAAAGAUAUGGUCCGGGAACGUUUAAGGGGCGGAACUGUGCGCUUCGAUGCACCCCUGACCCGCGAGGAGUACAGCUUUAGGUCUGGGAUAUAUGGCUGGGUGAAAAGCAACACUCUUGGGAAACGGGCGUACAGGAAUAAGUGGUGGAUUGCGGCGUUCUGUCUCGCCGCAGUGCCACUUGUGAUCUUGUUGAUUUACGGGGUGUAUGUUCGACCGAUCGGGGUUUUCCUGAUAGCUAUCUCUAGCUGUGUUAUUCUCGGGGUAGCAUUUGCGCUGGGGAUUGGGAGUACGACAAGGAGCAGGCUCUUUGUGACGUCGCUUUGGAUUAUGACUGGCUUGGUGGUGUUUAUUGGUGUUUGCGCGUCGGGUGUAUUGAAAAAAUAUCAGGACUAAAUGAGGCUAUGGGG